GUUGCUUACGAUUCUUGCGGGGAGAUCUUGGUGUUGGCCUCCGCGUCUUGCAGAUGGCUUAUCUUUCCAUCGACAGUCCGUGGAUGGAUAAACCUAAUGGGAUAAACCUGUAACCRCCACCGGGAUUAAUGGUAGGCUAAUUCAUAUCGCUGAUGUUUCAUUAGAAUAUUCUCCUGAAUUUGAAUGUGUUUAGAAACUUGCCAAAUUGACAUCUAAUUUUGAUUCAAUUUCGGGCUAUGACGCUUCUAUCGGUGUUCCACUCCCUACAAAUCAUCGACAGACAGUCACAGGAUAAGAUAAAAGUGUCAUUUUUAAUAAGGGAUCCUGUCAAUCAUAAUCUUUUGGAUUUUCCUCCACUAAUUUACCGCGCAAAAUGGAUGCCYGCGACGGGCUAUCAGAACACAACAUGAAUAAGUAUUCAGCCAUUUGAACGCCACCUUAAAAGUGGGAAUAACGAGGGAUACGUCGAGACGGGGCUGCGGUCGGGAAAGGGAAUGAAGAAGCUCUCGGCAGGUGGAGGAGCGUCACUCUGCUGUCUGCUGCUCCUGUGGGUCAUCUACUCCCAUCGCCUGAGAGAGGGCCAGUUGGCUGUGGGCACCUGUGAGAUUGUGAUGCUCAACAGAGACAGCAGCGUGCCAAGAUGCACCAUCGCCCGUCAGACUGCCCGCUGUGCCUGCAGGAGAGGCCAGAUCGCUGGCACCACGAAGGCCAGGCCAGCCUGCGUCGACGUGCGUAUCGUAAGGAGUAGACAGUGGUGUGAGAUGGCACCCUGCUUGGAGGGAGAGAUGUGCGGCCUCCUCUUCAACCGCUCUGGUUGGACCUGUACCAAAGGCAGUGGCCACAUCAAGACAGUCACGCCUUUGCCUAAGGAACCAUCGUAAGGAGUUUAGAACACAGUGGGUAGGUUUUUUUUGCCAAUCAUGGCAGAAGGGGAACAGAGGGCAAACACAUUUUUUCUCAAACCACUACACACCCCCACUCCACAGACCAGAGGAGCCCUACUAUGUGACAGUGCACAGAUGUCCGUACUAGCCAAUGAAAGCAACACACCACAGCAUCAUCAUCGGGACCCACAUGCCACGUCACAAACUGAAGUACAAAUCCUACUGUAUAUAGCCUGGGUUGUUUCAGCACGGCAAGCAGGAUAUCAUUGGGAGUCUAUGCAUGUGUGAGGAACCAAGCAUUUUUCUACCUAUCCCUAUGGAAAGAAAUCUGAAGGUGUGUGUGUGUGGGGGGGGGGGGUGACUUGGACAAUAGUUUGUUGUGUCAAGGUGUUGGAGGAGAAACUCUUGGAUGGAUUUGUCAGUGACUAUCUAACUUGACAUUGACAGAACAUUGUUUAUCUGGUGCAUAGGACUGUCUGUCAUGAGGCACUUACUGAUAGACACCUGCCUGGCCCUUUAUCGUGUGUGUGUGUGUGUGUGUGUGUGUGUGUGUGUGUGUGUGUGUGUGUGGUGUGUGUGUGUGUGUGUGUGUGUGUGUGUACCUCCUGAUAUACAAUGGGAACAAGUUGACAUAAUCUUGUUCUUAAGUGUGACACAUCCAGUAUUGUACUUCUGUCUAGAACUUUGUCACUUUACCUGAAGCUCACUUUCUUGCAGACUUGUAUAAUCAUGUUUUAGGGGAUGAUCAUGGAUGUAAAGCAUCAUUAUAACAGAAUCAUAUCUUUUCAAUACAUAAAUAUAUAUAGAAAGAUCUACGUCACAUAAGUUAAAAACAGUAAGUAUGUCCGUCAAUGUGUAGUAUCAAUUAAUAUUUCAAAGUUAUGGUUUAAAUUGCCUAUGUUUUAAUAUGAAGCUCAUUGCAAGUGGCACACCUCCACACUACAUCAAAGUGCUGCUGUUUAUAUUGGAUAUAAUGUGUACAUUCACCGUGUAUACUGUUCCGUGAAUAUUUUUUACUUGCAUUUAUGUUACAGAAAUAUAAGAGAGUGAGCAUCACAGAAAGAGUGAGAUCAUAAGGAUAUUGUACACAUAUCACUGACAUGUAGUUAUUUUCCUUCGAAAAACAUGAGGAUAAAGAGAGCCUCAUCCCUGGGGCUAAUUUAAUUGUGUGUGUGUGUGUGAAUGUACUCACGUGUGAAUGUAGUCAUGUGUGCUUGAUGCUUGAUUCACAGUGAUAACUUUUACAUGCACACAGUAUUCCGGAUAGUAGCUCAUAUCCCAGUUAAGGUCUUAUUCAGGAUAAGAUGUUUACAUGCACCUUUGAUAUCCCGCUCACGAGUAUCCCUUUAUCCAUGAAUAAACGAAAUAUUCAUAAUUUGC